UGGCUUGCAACUUGCAACCCUUUAUCAAUAAUUUCUCUCUUUCUUUCUAUCUCUCUCUCGGAAGAAAUGGAGUCAUUUCAAAUGGCCAAAGACAACACUCCUCUUUCCCUUUCACAAAAUUUCAUUCUUCCGGAAGAAAAGAGGCCACAACUCUCAAAAGUGUCAACUUUGGACUCAAUUCCCAUAAUUGAUUUUAGUGUUAUCAACAAAGAUGGUGCUUCCCAUGAGGUUCUACUUGAUAAGAUAACAGAAGCUUGUGAAGAGUAUGGCUUCUUCCACAUCAUAAACCAUGGAGUCCCUCAAGACUUGUGCAAAAGAAUGUUGACAGCCGUUUCUGAUUUAUUCAAAUUGCCUCCUCAAGAAAGGUCCAAGCUCUUCUCUACAGAUCAUACCAAAGAAGCCAGAAUUAUGAACUACUUCCUUAAAUUUCAAAACCAAGACAAGGUCACAAUGUGGAGCGAAAACUUUAGCCAUCCUUGGGAUCCUAAUGGAGAUUUUUUCACUUUGUUACCAGAAAAUCCCCCUCUAUAUCGAGAACUUUUUGUUGAAUAUGCAAAGGAGAUUAAUAAGUUGAUGGAGAUCAUUUUCGGGCUAAUAUCUCAAAGUCUUGGCCUGGAGAGGAAUUGUUUACAAAGCAAGUUAGGUGAGAAGCCAAUGUUGAAAGCACUAGCCAACUUCUACCCGCCAUGUCCAGACCCUGAGCUCACACUUGGACUGGCUGUUCAUUCUGAUUUUUAUGCCCUCACAGUGUUGAUGCAAUCAGAGGAAGUGAAUGGUCUCCAAGUGAUCAAAGAUGGGAAUUGGGUUGAUGUUAAACCAGUCCCAGAUUCAUUUGUUGUCAAUAUUGGUGAUCAACUUCAGGUCCUAAGUAAUGGAAGAUACGAGAGUGUUAUCCAUAGAGCCGUGAACAACAAAAUGGUACCUCGAAUAUCACUAGCUAUGUUCUAUGGACCAAACGAGAACACUUGGAUUGGUCCAGUUGAAGAGUUGGUUGACGAAGAACACCCUCCUCUCUACCGAAGAUAUGAGUUUUCAGAGUAUAUGGAAGAAGUCAAAAAGCAAGUAGGAACAAGGCGAAGGGCGAAGGAAAUUUUCGAGAUUCGGCGUGAACAACAAGCAUGAAGAAUUGUAUCCUAAUUAACACUUUUUUUUCUUCUUUCCGCUAACUGUUCUUGUUUGUUAAUUUUUGUUGCAAUAAAUCAUACAUAGCUUAUUAUUAAUAGAAAAAGUACUUAAAACUUUCUUAAACUAUAUGUAAUUAAUGGUUAUUGUCUUAAUAUUAUCUUAAAGUCUUGAGUGGGUAGAGAGUACAAUUCGUAAAUCUCGUAAUAUCUAAUAAAGAAUUAGAUUAACAUAUAAAA